AUGUGUCCACGUUUUCGGCGGUGUUACCAUGUGGGGGUAGUUCUUUUGGAGGUAGGCGGUAAUGUCCUGUUUGGCGGCAACUACUUUGGCGGAGGCGGUAAUACAGCCUCGCAGCCUCCUAAGGGCCAGGUCAUGGGUUCGAGUCCCGGCAGAGUGUAGAAGUGGAGGAUAGGGGCCAGAGGGGCAGACGACAGAGUCCAAUGAUGGGAGAAAAACAAACAAACAAAAAAACUCCGCACAUAUGCACACCAAACUGAAAAUACGUAUGUAAACUGAUGGAGGCUGUAUGUUCUACAACUAACAGGGUCCCACACACAAAACGCCCGACUACCCAACAGUACCCAACACCUUUCGUCUGCACCUUCUUCCCAACAUAACAUAUAUGAGACACACAAGACAGCUACCAAACUGAUUUGUUGAGCCUGUUACCCGCAGGGGAGAUGUCCCUACAUGCU